GGCGAGGAACGGCAUCCGGAGUGCGAGCGUCGCGGGGAGCGAGGGAGCGGCGGCGGCGGCUCGGGAGGCUGAGCCGCCGGCCCCUCCGCAGUGCAUCAGCGCGGCGGCCCUGCCGUCCCUCAGGGCGGCUAACACGGGGCUUGAUGCACCGGCGAACAGGCUCCGAGCUGCUCGGCGACUUGUUUUAAGCAUCUUCUCCCUCGCUCUCGCUUUUAAUCUUGUCUCUAGUGGCGUGUGUAGGGGGGAGGACUUUAUUUCCAUUGGCUAAGCGCUCCCUUCCCACCCACAUCCCUUCCACAUCACCUUGGUGUCUCCCUAAAUAAAACCAGCCCUCCUUAUCGCCUGGAAAAAAUCAGGAGCUAGAGUUUGAAUGGGUUUUAUAUAAACACUCACCCCUGUCAGCGUGCGGCUGGGCUCUCAGCAGAAACUCACAGCGUCUGGCCUGAUGCUUGCCUGGUUGCUCUCCCCCUGGAUCGCCAGGGUGUAAAAGCACAGCGCGUGGACUGGCAACUCUGCCCUGAAAUCUCGUCAACCUGAAGCCAGUUGCGGAACUGCACAGGGUCCCGAUGGACCUCAAGGAGAGCCCCAGCGAGGGCAGCCUGCAGCCUUCUAGCAUCCAGAUCUUCGCCAACACAUCCACCCUGCACGGCAUCCGCCACAUCUUCGUAUAUGGGCCGCUGACCAUCCGGCGCGUGCUUUGGGCUGUGGCCUUCGUGGGCUCCCUGGGCCUGCUGCUGGUGGAGAGCUCCGAGAGGGUGUCCUACUACUUCUCCUACCAGCACGUCACCAAGGUGGACGAGGUGGUGGCCCAGAGCCUGGUCUUCCCGGCCGUCACCCUCUGCAACCUGAAUGGCUUCCGGUUCUCCAGGCUCACCACCAACGACCUGUACCAUGCCGGGGAGCUGCUGGCCCUGCUGGAUGUCAACCUGCAGAUCCCGGACCCGCAUCUGGCCGACCCCACGGUGCUGGAGGCCCUGCGGCAGAAAGCUGACUUCAGGCACUACAAACCCAAGCAGUUCAGCAUGCUGGAGUUCUUGCACCGCGUGGGCCACGACCUGAAGGAUAUGAUGCUCUACUGCAAGUUCAAAGGGCAGGAGUGUGGCCACCAAGACUUCACCACCGUGUUUACAAAAUAUGGGAAGUGUUACAUGUUUAACUCAGGCGAGGACGGCAAGCCGCUGCUCACCACGGUCAAGGGAGGGACAGGCAACGGGCUGGAGAUCAUGCUGGACAUUCAGCAGGAUGAGUACCUGCCCAUCUGGGGAGAAACAGAGGAGACGACGUUUGAAGCAGGAGUGAAAGUUCAGAUCCACAGUCAGUCUGAGCCGCCUUUCAUCCAAGAGCUGGGCUUCGGGGUGGCUCCAGGGUUCCAGACCUUCGUGGCCACACAGGAGCAGAGGCUCACAUACCUGCCCCCGCCAUGGGGUGAGUGCCGGUCAUCGGACAUGGGACUCGACUUCUUUCCUGUUUACAGCAUCACCGCCUGUAGGAUUGACUGUGAGACGCGCUACAUCGUGGAGAACUGCAACUGCCGCAUGGUGCACAUGCCAGGGGAUGCCCCUUUCUGUACCCCUGAGCAGCAUAAGGAGUGUGCAGAACCUGCUCUAGGUCUGCUGGCGGAAAAGGACAGCAAUUACUGUCUCUGCAGGACCCCCUGCAACCUGACCCGCUACAAUAAGGAGCUCUCCAUGGUCAAGAUCCCCAGCAAGACGUCAGCCAAGUACCUCGAGAAGAAGUUUAACAAAUCAGAAAAAUACAUCUCAGAGAACAUCCUUGUGCUGGAUAUAUUUUUUGAAGCUCUCAAUUACGAGACAAUUGAACAGAAGAAGGCGUAUGAAGUCGCUGCCUUACUCGGUGAUAUUGGUGGUCAGAUGGGAUUGUUCAUUGGUGCUAGUAUCCUUACCAUACUAGAGCUCUUUGAUUAUAUUUAUGAGCUGAUCAAAGAGAAGCUAUUAGACCUGCUCGGCAAAGAGGAAGAUGAGGGGAGCCACGACGAGAACGUGAGCACCUGUGACACGAUGCCAAACCACUCCGAAACCAUCAGCCACACUGUGAACGUGCCCCUGCAGACCGCCCUGGGCACCCUGGAGGAGAUCGCCUGCUGACACCCCUCGGGCCACCCACACCCCCACACAGACCUCGAGGCCCAAGACCCAGGACAGGGGACAGCAAGGCAGGUGGGAUGGCCCCUGACAACGACGGAAGGAAGCAAGAGCCCCCUAUGCACACAUUGCAGACUCUGCCCAGCCGCGCCCCGGGCCCCGCCGCGCGACCCUCCCAGGAGACAUGAGUCGCGCUCGGGAACUGUCCCAGAACCGACCUGCCAUCACAUCUCACUGCCAGAUGUACAAAGCACCUGCAUGCUCAGACUUCUCACGGCGCCAGCGCCACGUCGUCCUGUCCACGCGGCAGGACCAGACUCCAGCCCCAGAGUCGGCGGGAGGCCACGCUGGCAUCGAAACCGUGCAGGCCAGAGAGAAGCCGCAGAACUCCCCGCUCCAUCCGGUCCUGUGUCAUUCGUGAAGGUUCUUAACCUGACCACAAUCCCCCCUCCCCCAAGCUGGCCCCCAGGCCUCUGGGCUGCAGGUGACUAGUGGCCAUCUCCCCUGCACCCCCGCGCCUGCGGAGGCGGCCCGGCGGCCUGGGGUCCCCAGCGCCACAUCAUUCUUCUCUGUGACACAGCCUGUACAGUCUGAUCCAUUUUUUAUUUGGGGGCUUUUUCGUUCGUCUGUCGGAGGUUUUUUGUUUUCCUUUGUUUUAUGGCCUUUGGUUUUGACGUUCGGUUGUUUUUUUUCCCCGUUUUCUUUGGCGUUUAUUUAUUCGUGCUUCGAAUCACGGUCAUAUUAAAAGCUGGUCUUGUGGA